AAGUUAUCAGUUAAAGCAUAAGGACCUUCAAAGAGAACAAAUUAGAUCAUUUCUUCUCUUUCUUGAAAGCUGGUUUUUUUUUUUUUUCAUCGCUCUCCUGCUUUGGGAGGUUUGUGGUCCUUGUUUCUGUCUGAGCAGAAACAUUGCCUGUUUCCUGUUGCCCAUCUUUUGCCUGCUCUAAGUGACUGGUUAAGUCAUCUGCUCCUUUGUCAAGCCCCAGCUCCUUCCCACUUAUUUCUUGUUUUCAGCCUCUUCCUGAGCCAUCUUUUCCUUGCAUUCAUCUCUUGCUUUGAUUCUUUGAUGAAGGCGUGGUGGGACGGGAUCUGUCCAGCACGAACGCCGUGCUGAGUGAGGUUCCAUAUUCUGGGUUCCUCUGUGUACUGCACUCAUGCAGACUCCAGCUGACCCACCCCUGUCACCCUUGAAGUUCAGGUAGGCCUUUUUAACAUCAGCCAGCCCUUCGUCAGAACCUUUGUAUGUCUUUUCAAAACCUUGGACACCCUCCUCCAGGACGCAUCGCAGUCCCAGGUUGGGUGGAGCACAGCAGAGUCCUUGUCCACUGUCUCCUCAUUGUGCUCUGCUCUCAAGUCUUUGUCGCUUAAAAUGGAGUAGGCGUUCCUGAGGACCUGGAAGGGGCACCCUUGCCCGCCAAGUCUGGGCACCUGUCAGGGCACCUUGUGGUAGCUGUGCCGGACAAGUUCAAGACUGCACGCAGACCCACGCAGGGUGUGGGUACGGAGGGAACUACAGGUCAAAUUGGAGACUUUUUGAGGGAAGGGAAUUUGUUCGUCUCUCUCAGCCUGUGGCACAGACUCCUGUUCACACCAAGUUCAUAUAGGUAGUUAAUGAGGAUAAUGUUUUUUUGAAAGUUAAGUUAUAAGUUGAGAAGAGACGUUAAAACUGAAACUGAAACAAAAAUAGUCUGUGUAAUAUUUUAUAAUAAAUAUGGUUAGUCUUUUUGUUGAGCUGAAGAAAGAAAUAGAAUUGGGAAGGCAGACUUUACAAACUCAAAGCGAGAAUCUCCUUAGAGGUUAAAUUUUUGCAUGGCUUUUCCUUCGUAGAGUAAUAAAAAGUUCUUAUAACUUUGAUUGGCUCUUGGUUAACUUACGAGUGAAAAUGAUACUACACAUUAAGAUUUUUGACCAUUAUGUGUUUCACUGUAAUCCAAUCCAAUAUCCAGGACGACUUGAGUUAAGUGGGGUUGGUUUUGUUUGUUUGUUUUUGUUAGGGUACCUAAGAAGCAAAAAAAAAAAGAAGGAAAGAAAAAAGUAUUUUAUAUUGAUACCUAAGCAUUUUCCCUGUCCCCUGGUUUUUUGAAAUUUCUGGCUGGAGAGUCUCUGUUAGGGUGGAUACAUGUACCAAGUACGUAGUAACUGCCAUAGAAGACCAGUGAAAAGUCGUUGUCAUUUCAGUUCUUUCCAUGAGAUUUUUGAAUGGUCUUCUGUGGAUUGAAAAAAAAAAAAAGCCCAUAAACAUACUUUUAGAAAGAAUGCAAUUAGCUAUGCUAUGAAUUCAGUUUUUUUAAGAGGAAGUUUUGGCUGUUUUUGCGUAUUUGCGUAUUUUUGGCUAUCUCAAAUAACAUACCUAGUAGUUGGUCCUCAGUGUGCAUUGAUUUCCUGAGUCAAUGAGGAUAAUUUCUCUUUAGGGUCCUGAUGAAGAAGCUGUUGUGGAUCUUGGCAAAACCAGCUCAACUGUGAACACCAAGUUUGAAAAAGAAGAACUGGAAAGUCAUCGAGCUGUGUAUAUCGGCGUUCACGUCCCGUUCGGUAAAGAGGGUCGCCGGCGUCACAGGCACCGCGGACACAGACAUCACCACCGGAGAAGGAGAGACAAGGACUCGGAUAGAGAAGAUGGAAGGGAGUCUCCUUCUUAUGACACACCCUCCCAGAGAGUCCAGUUCAUCCUGGGUACUGAGGAUGACGAUGAAGAGCAUAUCCCACAUGACCUGUUCACGGAGAUGGAUGAGCUGUGCUACAGAGACGGAGAGGAGUACGAGUGGAAGGAAACUGCUCGAUGGCUGAAAUUUGAAGAGGACGUUGAAGACGGUGGGGACCGGUGGAGUAAGCCUUACGUGGCGACCCUGUCUUUGCACAGCCUCUUUGAACUGAGAAGCUGCAUCCUAAAUGGAACAGUCAUGCUGGAUAUGAGAGCAAGCACUCUAGAUGAAAUCGCAGAUAUGGUAUUGGACAACAUGAUCGCCUCGGGCCAGCUGGAUGAAUCCAUAAGAGAGAAUGUCAGAGAAGCCCUUCUGAAGAGACAUCACCAUCAGAACGAGAAAAGAUUCACUAGUCGAAUUCCCCUUGUUCGAUCUUUUGCAGACAUAGGCAAGAAACAUUCUGACCCUCACUUGCUUGAAAGGAAUGGGGAAGGCCUCUCGGCCUCCCGCCACUCUUUGCGAACAGGUCUGUCGGCCUCCAGCCUCUCCCUGCGAGGAGACUCGCCUUUGUCUCUUCUUCUCAGUCAUCUUCUUCCUCCUUCGCGAGCUGGAAGCCCCGCGGGCUCGAGGUGCGCGAGCCCCGUACCCACCCCUCAGAGCAGCCCUCCGUCCAGCCCCAGCGCCAGCCGCCUGGACUCCAGGAGCUGCCAGCACAGUCAGCUGCAGGGCCCAGCGCUGCUGGUGUCCCCUGCCGCUGCCGGGGUCCCCACCGUAGUCAUCCACCCGCCCGAGGAAGACUUAGAAGCACUGAGAGGCCAGGAGCAGAAGGAUGAGGAAAAUGCUGACAUGACUUCAGGUCUUUUGGCGUCUCCGCAGUCUGCCCCUGGGAACUUGGACAAUAGUAAAAGUGGAGAAAUGAAAGGUAAUGGAAGUGGAGGAAGCAGAGAAAAUAGUACUGUUGACUUCAGCAAGGUUGACAUGAAUUUCAUGAGAAAAAUUCCUUCGGGAGCCGAGGCCUCCAAUGUUCUGGUGGGAGAGGUGGACUUUUUGGAAAGACCUAUAAUUGCGUUUGUGAGGCUGGCUCCCGCCGUGCUCCUCUCAGGGCUGACCGAGGUCCCUGUCCCCACCAGGUUUUUGUUUCUGUUACUGGGUCCAGCAGGCAAGGCGCCCCAGUACCAUGAAAUUGGAAGAUCAAUAGCCACCCUCAUGACGGAUGAGAUUUUUCAUGAUGUAGCUUAUAAAGCAAAAGACAGAAAUGACCUCCUGUCUGGAAUUGAUGAAUUUUUAGAUCAAGUAACCGUCCUGCCUCCGGGGGAGUGGGACCCUUCCAUACGCAUAGAGCCGCCGAAAAGCGUUCCUUCUCAGGAAAAGAGAAAGAUUCCUGUAUUUCCCAAUGGAUCUGCACCCAGCUCGGGUGAGACCCCUAAGGAGGCCGCCCACCACGCUGGGCCUGAGCUACAGAGGACUGGACGGCUUUUUGGUGGUUUGAUACUUGACAUCAAAAGGAAAGCACCUUUUUUCUUGAGUGACUUCAAGGAUGCAUUAAGUCUGCAGUGCCUGGCCUCGAUUCUUUUCCUAUACUGUGCCUGUAUGUCUCCUGUAAUCACUUUUGGAGGGCUGCUUGGAGAAGCUACAGAAGGCAGAAUAAGUGCAAUAGAGUCUCUUUUUGGAGCAUCGUUAACUGGGAUUGCCUAUUCGCUGUUUGCUGGGCAACCUCUAACAAUAUUGGGGAGCACAGGUCCUGUUUUAGUGUUUGAAAAAAUUUUAUUUAAGUUCUGCAGAGAUUAUCACCUUUCCUAUCUGUCCCUGAGAACCAGUAUCGGUCUGUGGACUUCUUUUCUGUGCAUCGUUUUGGUUGCGACAGAUGCGAGCAGCCUUGUGUGUUACAUCACCCGCUUCACAGAGGAGGCCUUCGCAGCCCUCAUUUGCAUCAUAUUCAUCUACGAGGCUUUGGAGAAGCUCUUUCAUUUAGGAGAAAUAUAUGCAUUUAAUAUGAACAACAAUUUAGAUGAACUGACCAGCUACUCAUGUGUCUGUGUGGAGCCUCCUAACCCUGGCAAUGAAACUCUGAAGGUGUGGGAGGAGAGGAACGUCACGGCACGCGACAUUCCCUGGGGGAACCUCACCGUCUCUGAGUGUAAAACCUUUCACGGUACAUUCGUAGGGUCAGCUUGCAGUCUCCACGGACCUUAUAUUCCAGACGUGCUGUUCUGGUGUGUCAUCUUAUUUUUCACAACAUUUUUUCUGUCUUCAUUCCUCAAGCAAUUUAAGACCAAGCGCUAUUUUCCUACCAAGGUGCGAUCGACAAUCAGUGACUUUGCUGUGUUUCUCACCAUAGUCAUCAUGGUUGCAAUUGACUACCUUGUAGGAGUUCCAUCUCCUAAACUUCAUGUUCCAGAGAAAUUCGAGCCUACUGAUCCCAAUAGGGGCUGGAUCAUAAGCCCGUUGGGAGAGAACCCUUGGUGGACCUUGUUAAUAGCUGCUAUUCCCGCCCUGCUUUGUACCAUUCUCAUCUUUAUGGAUCAGCAAAUCACAGCUGUAAUCAUCAACAGAAAGGAGCACAAAUUGAAGAAAGGAGCCGGCUACCACCUUGAUUUGCUCAUGGUUGGCGUGAUGCUGGGCGUGUGCUCUGUCAUGGGGCUUCCGUGGUUUGUGGCUGCAACGGUCUUGUCGAUAAGUCACGUCAACAGCUUAAAAGUUGAAUCUGAAUGUUCUGCUCCAGGGGAACAACCCAAGUUUUUGGGGAUUCGCGAGCAGCGGGUUACAGGGCUGAUGAUUUUUAUUCUAAUGGGCCUGUCUGUGUUCAUGACUUCAGUACUUAAGUUUAUUCCAAUGCCUGUUCUGUACGGCGUUUUCCUUUAUAUGGGCGUUUCCUCAUUAAAAGGAAUCCAGUUUUUUGACCGUAUAAAACUGUUUGGGAUGCCUGCUAAGCACCAGCCCGAUUUGAUAUACCUCCGCUACGUGCCUCUGUGGAAGGUCCACGUCUUUACAGUCAUGCAGCUCACCUGCCUGGUCCUCCUGUGGGUGAUAAAGGCUUCAGCUGCCGCAGUGGUUUUUCCUAUGAUGGUUCUUGCACUAGUCUUUGUACGCAAACUCAUGGAUCUGUGUUUCACAAAGAGAGAACUUAGUUGGCUUGAUGAUCUCAUGCCAGAAAGUAAGAAAAAGAAAGAAGACGACAAAAAGAAAAAAGAGAAAGAGGAAGCUGAGCGAAUGCUUCAAGUUGGAGAGGAAACUGUGCACCUUCCAUUUGAAGGGGGAAGCCUCUUGCAGAUUCCAGUGAAGGCCCUAAAAUAUAGCCCCGAAAAACCUCUAAGUGUGAAAAUCAGUUUUGAAGAUGAACCAACAAAGAAAUACAUGGAUGCCGAAACUUCAUUAUAGAAUUGAACCAAGAGGAAGUAUAUAGAGAGAUACAGAGAGAGCUAUAUAUACACAGAUGCGUGUGUGUUAUAUAAUGUGUGUAUUUCAUGUCACUGUAUAUAGAACAGUAUUGUGUGUCAUGCUGCUGAUGCGUGACUGCUGGGCUUUUUGAAGUAGUGUGUGAAGUUUCUUAGGAGCACCCUGGGGACCGUGUAUAUAAUGAAAUGGUCUCUUGGAAGUGAGGUACAUGGUUCUUACUACUCAAAUAUUUAUCCUGUUGGAAAAAUUUUUAUUUCUGUUCUGUAAUAGAAAAAUGUAGGGGAAAGGCAUUCAGUCUACUUUUCUUUAAAGUCUGUUUAUCAGUGACAGUUCCUACCAACCUUAAGCGAUACGUAUUUUGUCCAUAAGUCUAAAAGUUUUCGUUGCGUUAACUAGAAAUUUUCACGUUAGUUCCCUUGUGCGAGUGCUUCGUGGGAAGGACGGGGAGUCUCCGGGAGUGCCAGGCGCGCAUCCUGGCGUGUCGUGGCUGCUGUGUGUGUGUUUCGCCGUGUACAUGUCCAUGGUGUUUCACAAGCAAGGGGAACUUCUUGGCCGUAGCGGUAGAACAGUGGAAACUUCCUAGAAAAGAACUGUAAUUGUGACUUUUAUAAAAGUUUUAAAAAUUAAUUUUAAAUCUUAAAACCUCCACAUCUAGGUUUCCAUUCUGAUAGACAAGCAAAAUUGCAGGUGGUUUUUUUCUUUUAAUGUAACCAUCAUACCAGUCAUUGCUUUGUGAGUUUUAGAAGCUAUAAAAUACCAAUUUAGAGCAGUUAAAUUUUGUUGCCUUUGUAGAAAUGCUUUUUUGAGUCCCAAUGCUUUAUUAGAGCCCCGAAUGCCCGCUCUGUUCCCUGCCUUUGCUGUCUUUUACUUAAAAUGUGGUUUUGUUUGUAUCAGGUUCAAGUUUUUGAUUAUUUUUCUAUUAUAAGUAGUAUGAUUUAAGUAAUCAGGAGUCAGAUUUCUCUUAAGUGGGUUUAUGAUCAGUAUUAACUUUAUUAAGAAUUACUUUUCAUUUCUGUGUAUGUUGUUCCUUCUGUUGUAUAGAUAUUUAAUAGAUUGUUAUCUGUGAUUUCAUUUUAAAAUAUUUUAUUUAUUUUAACUGAUAUGACGCUUAAAUAUUAUACAUUUGAAAAGGUAACAAAUAUAGAGUAAACUGUUAAUGUAAAUAGUUGGUGCUCACCUGCAUCUAUGGUUUAUUAUAUGAAAGCUGUCAGUAGAUUUUACAUCUUUGCUAUAAAGCACUGCCAUAUUUGUAUUUUAAAGGAAAUUUAGACUUGUUAUGUAUAGCUCAGAUCGAUGACUUUCUUCCUAUUUUGUGUUUCUGUUAGACUUCGCUUUUCUGAGCUGUGUUUUUAACUUAUAGCAAGUCUUUUUAGUCAUCUUUUAUAUACUUUUAGCUCCACAUUAAAUAAAUAAAUGUUCUGGUUAAGCCUGUAGGACUGGAUGAAUGGGGUUGUGAAACUGGUCUGGCGAGAGGAUGUCUAAAAACCAAGUGAGUGUUGAGAAGCCACUGAAAUGUUGAAAAUAAUAAUAUGAAUAUUAGGAUGGAAAUUUUAAUGAAAUUCCAAUUCUCCCUUUAAUCAUUUGCCAUUAAAGUACAAAAGUAUGAAAAAUCCAUCUUACAGCGGAUCAUGGGAACGCCAAAAGCUGGUAUUUCAACAGCUCUGGCAAUCCAUUCUCAACCACUUAGCUAGUAUAAUUUCCACACCAGAUUCUCUGAUUCUAGUUAAAAAAACGGAUUCAACUUCUGCCUCAUACGGGAGGGUGGAAAGCUAGCGGAUUUUCUGCAGAAAAUAAAGCUGGCGUAAGGAAGAGUGAAACUGUCGGCUGCUGGUAACAGAGUGUCACCCACGGUGCUUCUUACUGUUUCGGGGCGUCCCCUGAAGUGAGUCCUUUUCAUUCACAGCAGCGCAGUUGGUUCCAAAUACCCCAGUGUUUGCUGCUGUGAUUUUGUAAAGUCCCCGAGGAACCGGCGCAAGAGGAUUUCCUCGCAUCACUUCCUGUGUCUGGACAUCACAGGGUCAACAACUGGGCUUAUUUCACAGGAAAUGAUUUUAAAAUUUAAACUGAAACCUACCUGGGAUCAUAGUGGCGAUGUGAUUUUAAUGAAUUAUGAAUACCAGUGGUCUUGUCUGUCCGGUGCCAGAAAAACCAUGACUUGCAAAAUGCUUUGCACUCAAAAUGUUUGUACUAUGUUCCUGAUUGUUCAUAGUUUCUGCUUUCUUUUGACUACUUGACUCACAAAUCAUCUGAUGUGACUACUCCAUUGAAAAGCAAAGGUAACUCAUAUUUUAAGUCCUUGCUUGUUUUAUGUGGCUGUGAUGUAUUCCCACUGUUUUUGAGAAAUAACGAUCAUGGAUAGCAUUCACUGAAAGACAGUGAAAAUAUGACUUACUACAUACAUUGAUUUGUAAAUGUUGCCUUGAACAGGCAUACACGAGCAGCAGUAAUUGCGAUGCACUGAUUUACCUCAAGGUGCAAGAGAACGAAACCUGUACAUAGUCCAUUGAUACAAUAAAUUCAUAUAAACAGCCCUGCACUUUCUCAGAUGCUCUGGUCUCCAGGGUGGAGCUUCGUGCUGGUGAGACCCUGGCUGCAGAGCCACCUCAGGGUGUUCUUUCCUCCACCCAUUUUAUUUAUUUACAGAUGUCUGUUUACAAAGACUGUAACACAUCCUCAUGCUGACCAUCUAAAAUUUACUUUCUUUUGAAUGCUAUUUCACUCUAAAAUUGCAGCUUCAAGACAACAAUGAACUAAGACCUUGCUUAGGAUGAGAGGAUGAUGCUAUGCAUGCUCUAAUGAUGUUAGAGAUGCAGAAUGAGGCACACGGUCUUACUGAUGGGUGUGUGUACGUGUGAGUGUGUUUGUGUGAAUGACGUCAAUCGCAAAUCCCAAGUCGUUUAAAAAAGCUGUGGCGUAUCAUUGUUCAUAUUUGCCAAGUCUGUAAAAUGUGUAGGAUGGCAUUUUGUAGUGUGCUAAUGCGUGUAUUUAUAAAGCUGAUUUCUUUACCACUCAAAAUGAUUAACUUUUGUUUUCUCCAUCAAAAAAAAUACUUGUUUCUUCCACAUACCUGCAGUUUCUGUGUAUCUAUAAUAGCUUUGUAGCUUUUUCCUUUUGCAAAGGCAGGUUCAAAAUUCUGUAAAAGAAAAAAAUGGUCUCUGACACAGAUGUAUGACACCAGAACUUGCAGUUUUUAAAUGAUCAUGUUAUGUACAUCAGUUCUGUAAAUGGGCUCAACAGUAUAGCGUGUGAAUCCUGUUUUAAAGUGCUCUGAUUUCAGAUAUGUAAGCCAUUGAUAGAACAUUGUAAUUAAUUCAGAAAUGUUUAAAUUAAAAUAAUUUAAUGUUUUAAACUUAUUUAUGUAGAUCACAUCAUUGCUGUUGUAUGCAGUAGAACUAUGUGAAACAUCUUUUGGUUUAGUCCAACAAUUAUUUAUUUGUGAGAAGUAAACAUAAGGCUUUAAGGAGAUUCACAAUUUAAAAUAGUGUUCAAAAUUUGGCAGUUUUAAGGUAAAGUUGGUUCUUUUCUAACUUUUUAAAAAGUGUCAAUAAUAGGAAAGCAUAGUUGAAGGUGGAAUCAUCUAUAGAUCAUUUACACAUAUAAAUUAACUAGCAUAUACUGACUUCUACAGUUGACUUAGAGUAAUUGUUAAACCCCACUUGUUUUUUUAAUCAGAUUUUUGUGUGUUGAUUGAUUUUUCUGUUGUGGCUUUUCUUUUGUGAAUUUCAUAUUAAAAGUUUUGUGUUUUUUUUGUUUUUGUUUUUGUAGGGGGUUUAUCUUUCCGUGUUUACUAUGUUAAAUUAAAUAGAAAUGGAAUUUUAUUGUUCAUUUAUACAGUAUUUGAUAGCUUGGUAUAAUAAGAACAGUACAGUUCUAAUUUUUAUGACUUUUAUAAUUACAAUGAUAAUAUUUUCUUUUGUAAUAAAAUCCAAAGUAAAGUAAACAUUUAAAAUGUAGAACCGAUAUUUUUCAUUUAUCUGAAAUACAAAUAUCUACCAAGUCUAUAAUGUGAAUAAUCCUGCUUUUCAAAUCUGUUUCAUAAUAUUGGAAGAAAACUAUUUUUGGGAAAUGUUACUGAAGUCAAAAGAGCAAUAAAAGUACUGACUCAGUCGCUGAA